UGUAGAUUUGCCCAUUUAAUGAAACGCAUUGAUUAAUCAUCUGAAGGAAAAAAGAUUUUGCAAAAAACCCAGAAAAAUAUAUUUUGUUGUAAUGGCGAUCGCUGCUGUAGUGAUCCUCCCUAUUGGUCUCAUGUUCCUUUUGUCGGGUCUCAUUGUCAACCUCCUUCAGGCAAUUCUAUUGGUCCUUGUCCGCCCCCUGUCGAAAAAUGCUUACAGAAGGAUCAACAAACAACUCAUUGAGCUACUAUGGUUGGAGCUUAUCUGGCUUUUCGACUGGUGGGCAAACAUUAAGGUUGAGCUAUUUGCAGAUGAAGAAACUUUUGCAAUGCUUGGAAAAGAACCUGCACUUCUCAUUUGUAACCACAGAAGUGACAUUGACUGGCUCGUCGGAUGGGUCUUAGCUCAGCGUGCAGGUUGCCUUGGUAGCUCACUAGCCAUGAUAAAGAAAUCGUCAUUAUUCCUCCCUGUUAUCGGUUGGUCAAUGUGGUUUUCUGGUUUUAUAUUCCUCGAGAGGAAUUGGGCCAAAGAUGAAAACACCAUGAAGUCAGGAUUCGAGGCAUUAAAUGGUUUUCCAAUACCUUUUUGGUUAGCUCUUUUUGUCGAAGGAACUCGUUUUACACAGGCAAAGCUUUUAGCAGCACAAGAAUAUGCUGCUUCGGCUGGUUUGCCUGUUCCAAGAAACGUUCUGAUUCCUCGUACUAAGGGCUUUGUUGCAGCAGUAACUCAUUUGCGAACAAAUGUGCCUGUACUUUAUAAUACUACAGUCGCUAUACCGAAAAACGAACCUCGGCCCACACUGUUGAGAAUGAUCAGGGGGCGCUCUUCUGUGGUACAUGUGCAUAUCGAGCGGGUUCUAAUGGAAGAAUUACCAGAAACGAGCAGUGGAAUUGCUCAAUGGUGCAAAGACGUGUUCGUGACAAAGGACGCUUUCUUGGAGAGACAUCUCGUUACAAACACAUUUGGAGAUCAUAUACGCCACGACAUUGGGAGACCAAAACGAUCUUUAUAGGUUGUGCUUUGUUGGUCGUUUCUCAUAAUUCUGGCAAUAGUGAAAAUUAUCGAACUUUUCCCGUUUUCGUGGGGAGAAGUAGUGUUUUGCGUUGUUUUCUUGGGACUAAUCACAAUCCUUAUGCAAAUACUCAUCACGUUUUCUCAAUCGGAACAUUCGACCCCUCCAAAGGGAUCGGAGCCGGAUCAGUUAAAGCAGGUGCUCCUUCAAAGUUGAGCCAACUUCAAUUUUUUUUUUUUUUUUUGUAUAUUCAAUUCUUUAAAGAAAAGGAAAGUUCUUUUGAUGGAUCCUAGAAUGUAAUAUAUAGCAUAUUAGUUGUACCAGAAUGUAAUGGUUUGGGAGCACACUAUGCCUUGUGCACCAUUUUUUUAUUUUUUUCCCCUUAGUUUUAUAA